AUGCAGUGCUCCACCGACCAGGAAGUAUCCUAUCAGUAUAAAAGUGAUGGACGGCCACUCGCGCAUAGCUGCAUCAUCUGCAAAAAGACGUUUGCACAUUUUCAGGACCUGAUGGAGCACAGUCACGUGGAUACCCGAGAAAUUCGGCAUUCCUGCGUCGUGUGCCACAAAACAUUCACAACUACUACCAGUCUGAAGAUCCACUUCCGACUGCACACUGGUGAACGGCCGUACAGUUGUGACAUGUGCCAUAAGACAUUCCGAAGAAGCGACUGUUUGCGGUACCACGUACUUCGACACGUGAACCAGUGUCCCUACAUCUGUGAAGUGUGUCACAAGACGUUCAUGUGUCGAAGGGAACUGCAGAUCCACUCGCGAGUGCACACGGGCGAACGCCCCUACGCUUGUGAUGUGUGUCGUAAGACAUUCUGUGACAUCUGCCACAAGACAUUCUCGCACAGUUCAACCCUGAAGCAACAUUCACGAGUACCCACUGGUGACGCCAGCCAUAAUCGUCCUUAUUCGUGCGAGGCGUGA